CCCUGCUCUCCAUCCUGAGCAAAUUUGGAAGAAUCAAUACACUGUUGCCUGUUAAGACAGAGAAAAAAAAUGAAAAGGAGCCUAGCUGACACUCCGACUCGUAGCACAGCAGGUUAUCUGCCUGUACCUCUGUUCAAUCAGAAAAAACGAAAUAGGCAGCCCCUGACUUCAAAUCCACUUAAAAAUGAGACAGGAACCAGUUCUGGAACUUGUACUUAUGACUUUUCUCCCACAUCAUAUGGCUGGGGAUCUGCAAACCCAGAGGAGGCUGAAUUACAGAAAGCAGCAAACAGUGGGGCAGAAGAGAAGAGUCCCAGUGCUAAAGUUUGGAAUAGAAAUGAGUAUGCUCCUUUAAGUAACAUGAAAGAUUCAAGACCUGAGAGUGGAAUUAUUCGAAAGUUUGACAGCCUUUCAUAUAGUGUGAAAACCGUUCAGCAGCAAAAACCCCCUAAUAAUCGUAAUUCAUCCCAACUUCUGAAAACAACAGAAACCAGCCAAACAUCAACAUCUAAAGGUCAAUGGCCAAUGAAACCUACCACUGUUUCAAGAAGUCUGCAGGAUUAUAGUCUGGCAUAUAAAUUUACCUACAAUAUCCAGCAAAAUAAAAUAAAUGAAAACAAAUUUGACUGUGUUCCAGAAGACAAAUGUCAGGAAUUUUCAUCAUCUCAAUUAAAAAUUAAAGAAAAAAAGAAUUCUUUGCGUAUCAUAUCUGCAGUCAUUGAAAGUAUGAGGCACUGGAGUCAAUAUGCUUAUAAAACACCACUGCUAUUUGAAGUUUUAGGCACCCUGGAUUCUGCAGUCACACCUGGAACAUAUGGGGCUAAGAAUUUCCUUUUGAGGGAUGGAAAGGAGAGUCUGCCUUGUGUAUUUUAUGAAAUUGACCGGGAGCUUCCAAGACUAAUUAGAGGCCACGUGCACAGGUGCAUGGGGAACUAUGACGGAAAAAAGAACAUUUUAAAGUGUGUCUCUGUAAGACCAGCAACUAUUCAAGAACAAAACACUUUCCAGGAAUUUGUUAAAAUUGCAGAUGUUGAGAUGACAACAUAUGUCAAAACAGUGAAUGAAAUUUAGAAGUCGGAAGGGUUGUCCGGAACCAAUUUUCAGUAAUGAUUACCAGUAAAAGCUGGAUAUCCUAAAGCAUUUGCCAACACUAAUACUGAAAAUCUGAUUCAGUAAUUCUAAAUAGCACUAUACUGUGUUAUCGAACAAAUGUUAGUAACAGUUACAAACAAAAAGAUUAGUAACAGUGUUUUGUUUUCACUACUACAUUUUAUAGCUUAUCUUUCCCAGUUAAAUAUGCAAUAACAGGGGUUUGUUAGCUAGUAGAUUAGAUUUUACUGGAGAAAUUUGGAAUUAAAAUGUUUAAGCUUCGCAGUAGUGCAAGUGGCUUUGAAAAAGAUCAUCAAUCCUACUUCAGAUUGUCAUUGCUUUUCAUUUCCUCCAAUAUUUAGAAAUUCCUUCAAUAUCUGUUUCAAGAUGUUGACUAUAUUCUUCUUCGCAAGGUUUUCUUUGACUCUGCAUGUUGCAUUAAAGCUGCUUUUUGGUAGGAAGUAAGAAGGUAGUCUUUAUUCCACUUCAGUUCCAGCUAACAGAUUCCCUUUCCUUUGUUGGCUUACAAGGAAAUGUGUAAAAGCUUUUCUAGAAAUAAAUAGAUAAUACAGAAAGACUUCACAGGAUGCAGCUGUAUAUAUUAGGUAUUCAUAUGGUUCCUGCUGAUACGUUAUCUGAUUUGUGGGUUUUCUUAAAUAAAUAAUCAGUAUAACACCUGUAUAAAACAGCAGCAGACCCUGAAGCUGUAGGAAGAUUGCCCAAGGACUCUGAGGAAGUUGGGGAGAAAUAAUUAUUUGAACACAGAACUUCCUUACUUUUGCCAUAGCAACAUCUUUCAUUAGGGAUAGUCCAUAUGCAUGUUUAUGUGUCUUUGCCUUCAAACAUUGACUUUCAUAGAUUAUUCCUGCUGUUUCUUUUUCCUUUUCCCUUAGCUAGUUCCCUUACUUCAAAAGCUUUGUACCAGAUCUAUUGGGAAUUGUAAAACAAAAGAGUUGUCAAGAAAACACUGAACAGUGUGAUAUUUUUUUAAAUUUAUUUUAUUAUACAGUGUUGGCAGUUGGAAAUUUCACAAUUAAAAUAAUUGAAAUAUUGUAUCCAACAAGUCAAAUACAGAAAACAGUUAAUAUUCUAAAAAGGAGCCAGCUAGUCAACGCAGAAACACAUUCAUGGAAAAUACAGCCUUUAGUUACACUUAAAAAAUUAUGUAUUUAGAAUAAAACUUGAACCUGGUCCAGUAAACCAUUUGACUUCUAACAGAAAAACGCCUUUACACAGUUUAACACGCAGACAGUCUUUAUUUAAAAAAGUGAUCUGUCAGUGUUAGCAUGUGUGGUUAGCAACACCCCCCUCAAGGUUCCAGUUGAGGAUUUAAAGUAUGCGCUUUACUAACUGCUUAAGAAUCACUUGUAUUAUCAUCUCUUCCUUCUGUGCUAAGCUGGUUCUGAGUGUGGGUGUUUCAAGGGGAGUUUUGUCUAUCCAGUUAUAGAGGUCAUAUACAUAUAUUUGAUUUCCUUUAUAUAUUAUAAAAUA